AUGUCUAACCCACUGAAAACUCUCUGCACAGUGAUCAUGUUCUAUUGUUUCUCAAUAUGCCUUACAUUUUUCAACAGCCGUUGUAUAAAAGUGUUCCCAUAUCCACUAUCAAUCACUCUACUGCACAUGAUCAUUAAAUUCUUAUUGUCAUGGUUCGUAAGGUGUUCACUAUCGUGGUUAUAUAACUAUCCAAGAGUAGAGCUUCCAUGGGCGAAGUAUGUGAGGGUUGUUGCUGUCUCUGGGAUCUCUAGUGCCCUAGAUAUUGGCUGUUCAAAUUGGAGUUUUGAGUUCAUUACAGUAUCAUUGUACACAAUGACAAAAUCCACCAGCGUCAUUUUUAUUGUUAUGUUUUCUGUUUUAUUAAAACUGGAGAAAAAGCGACCAUCCUUAGCCAUCAUUGUCGUCCUGAUUACCUGCGGGCUUUUUAUGUUUUCAUAUGAGUCUACCCAGUUCAAUUACAUAGGAUUCCUUCUUGUUCUCGCAGCUUCAUUCCUAAGUGGAAUUCGAUGGUCUUUCACCCAGCUUAUCGUACAAGGACAAUGUUAUGGUCUUUCUCAUCCUAUUGAUUUUAUGUUCCACUCACAACCAUGGAUGGCACUGGCUAUUUUGCCCCUUUCUCUUUACAUUGAAGGUUUUGAACUCAUAACAGCAAAGAAUCUUUUUCGCACCGAUGCCUUUGAUCAGUUAAUAGGCGACUUAGUCCAGCUAGGUACAGGAGCUUUGUUAGCAUUCGGUCUUGAAAUAUCAGAAUAUCUUGUUGUUAGUUCUGCUUCAAGUUUGACUUUAUCAGUUGCUGGUAUAUUUAAGGAAGUAUGUACUUUGUAUCUUGCUGCAAAAUUUAAUGGAGAUAAUAUAUCUUUCGUUAAUAUGAUUGGCUUCGUCAUCUGUUUGUGUGGAAUCACGCUUCAUAUAGUUGCAAAAGCUGUUAACAGUAGCAAGUACGUCGGAGAAAAGUAUCACUCAUGA